GAUGCGAAAUGUACGGUUAGUCCCCGUCCGCAAACUCGGACGAGUGUAGUUUAUUUUUAGUGUUUUCUUUUAUUUUUUGAAAUAAAAAAAAGUUGUUUUCAAGUGCAUCCAAGAGAUAACUACAUAUCGGUGCCAAAGAUGAGUGAUGGCUACACACCAUAAAGAAACGACUAACACUCCUGGAGAAACUCUCGUGGCUUGGCAGAACUACAAAGCGAGUGGAAACGAUGAACUUACCUUAAACGAAGGCGAUCUGGUGGAGCUACUGGACAUCAAUGAUCCAUCUUCAGCCUCAAAACGGAUGAAAUUGGAUCCAGACUUGGACAAAGUUUCCGGUCAACUUCUAGACAGUAGCGCCGCCAAACACAAACUAGCCGUAAAACCUCGACGUACCCAUGCCAGUUCAAGACAUUCCCCUACUAGAUUAAAUGUUAAUGCGAGAUGGUUAGUGAGGGAGGUAAACGGAAGCAAAAAACAAGGAUGGGUGCCUUGUCGGAUCCUGGCAACAGCAGACGAUCCAACAGUGGGAAAAACCGGUUUACCAGGAGAUGCAGAUUUCCGCAGACAGGCAGUGGUGAAGGAGCUAGUGGAAACAGAACAAGAGUUUGUCAGAGACCUGGAUUACGUGGUGCAAAACUAUUUGAUUCCAUCAGAGUCCGGAAGAACUCCGAAAUUGAUUAAGGAUAAUUUUGAUGUACUUUUUGGAAACUUUAAGGAGAUUGCUGAGUUUCAUAGAACUGUUUUAAUGGAUGGGGUAAAGUAUUAUGCCAACGAACCGACUUUACUAGGAAAAGCUUUCCUUCGACUAGAAAGAGAUUUCGAUAAGCACGUCAGCUACUGCAGAGACGAGCAUUUGGCGCAAGAGUUCUUGGAUCGUUCUGAUGCUGCUUUUAAUUAUUUUGCGGAGUUAUCACAACGUCUUGGUGAUGACAAGAGCAUAUCCGAACACUUAAAACUUCCGAUACAACGUAUAAACGACUAUCAACUUCUGCUAAAGGAGUUGGUAAGGUAUAGCGCGUGUCUUGGCGAGAACAACAGCGACCUCCAAAAGGCCCUCGAGUUGAUGCUAAGUGUCCCCCACAGGGCACAGGACGAUAAAUUCACUUCGAGCAUCGAAGGUUAUAAGGGCAGCAUCCACAAAUUGGGCCGUCUUCUGGCCCACGACAGAUUCAGCGUCACUUUCGGCGAGGUCACCAAGGAGAGAUAUCUAUUUCUUUUCAAGGCUCGCGUGCUUAUUUGCAAAGUCCGACGCAUUUCGGAGGACCGCUCCAUUUUUCAACUUAAAGAUAUCAUCCGGCUUCCCCAAGUCGAAGUAAAAGACCAUCCCGAGAGCGAACACGUAUUCGAAUUAGUUGAUAAGGCCGGGGGGCAAUCUUUGGUUCUUAAGACCCACCGGGAUCGGAUUAAAAAGAUCUGGCUGCAAGAGAUCAGGGAAUACGCGAAGAACUACGGCGAAAGUGAGGAGGCGACCAGCGACGAGUUCCAGAUCGCUUCUCCACCUGCUGAACCCAACGAGUCUAAGCAGGAAACAGUUAAAUUUUCCGAGAAAUCCGAGGAGAAGGAACAGCCCAGCAAGAACAAACCCAAGCUUGAGGAGGAGAAGGAACCUAAGCAAAUACCUGGUGUUAAGAAAACAGUUCAACAAGACAGUUUAGUAUCUGAACUUAAAACUGUUGUAAAAAAGAAGGAAGUGGUAUCAAAAGAGCAAAGCACUUCGAGCGAAAGUACUUUAAAAGAGCAAAAGGAAGCAUUUACUUUAGGUACCACCACUACCACAACCACAACUGACGUACUCCGAUCGGAUACCUUAAAACACAUCUUAACACCUGAAUCUGAAACAGUAGAACCAUCAGAUUUCCACCUUAAACGAAUCGAGGCCGUAGAACCUUUACGGCACAUUAACAGUCCAAAAGGGGAUUCUUCCAGUUCUUCCAGUGAUAAAACUUUAGUUCCUGAGGUCUUUAAUCAAGCUAAAGAAGAGGAGGAAGAAGUAGAAGAAGGACAUUUAAAAAGGAUUAAAGCAGUCGAACCGCUAAUUCAAAUCAACAAACCGAGGGUGCCGGAAACAAAGGUCCAGUACCAUCAGAGACCACCCCCAGAAAAAGUACCGGGUAGUGCCUUGACUAAAGUUUGUAGCAUCGAGUCGCAGGGAAGCGGCGACCACGUCAUCACCGAUUUUAAAGUCGGAGUGGAGUUUAAUGUUCAGGUGGCAGACGAUAAAAGUAUGAGCCGCAGAUAUACUUCUACAAGAGAGGGAGGAUACGAGUCCUCCUACAGCCGCAAAACAGGAUCCUCCUACUCAACAGACGCUGCGGGACUGACCUCCUCUUCUCGAUACAGCGCCGAAACCUCUUCCAAAUAUGGCACCGGAUCGGAUGCUUUAGGCAGCUCCAAAUAUGAUUCUCUCACUAGUAAAUACGACACUUCGCCGUCCAGGUAUGACACCUCCUCAAAAUAUGAUUCGAUUACCUCAAAGUAUGGAAAGAGUGAUGACGAUUACACGAGCAGCUACACCAAGAGAUCUUCCGCACUAAGAUCGUCGGCUUUAGGUGAAGACGAUGGUGAUUCCUAUAGUUAUUCCAGGAAAAUCAGAAGUGGGAUUACCGAUGAUGAUGGUGACUAUAGCAGCUCUUACAGCAAAAAAUACAGUAAAACAAUCACUAGUGAGGGUGAACCAGUUGAAAGUUACUAUAGUAAGAGAUCCAUCCGCGGUACCUUGGAAGCGGAAGGCGAUAAUGAUAACUAUACAGUUAAAAAAUCAGUGAGGAGUACUUUGGAGGGCACCGGAAUCGAACCAAGUGACCUAAAUGAGGUCUCAAGUUAUAGCAGCAAAAGAUUAUUAGGAACAGAUAUUGGCUCCAAAUACACCAGGAGAUCUGUAUCUGCCGAAGGAAGCGAGAGUGGUAGCCGCUAUAGCAUUAGAUCAAUUUCGAGAGGAGAGGCGGGUGACGACACUGAAGAACUUAUUAAUAAGUACUCGAAGAAGGCUUUGGAAAAGAAGAAUAUUGGAGAGGAGGAGGAGGAUGUUUACGCCAAAUUUACCAGGAAGUACUCCAGAACGGAAUCAAUAGAGGCGAAGCCCGAGGAGGAGAAGUACGCCAGGAGACUCUCCAGAAAAGAAUCUGUUGAUCCUAAAAUUCCCGAAGAAGACCCAUAUGAAAAGUAUGCCAAAAAGUAUUUGAGAAACCAGGAAGAAAGCGUUGAGAGUAAGUCAUAUUCCCGGAAGCACGAAGAGGAGUUAAGCAGAUUUGAACGUGAAGAAUCUUCAGCAAUCAAAACCUCGGCCAAAUCAUCAGAGGAGUCAUACUCCAAACAAUCGAAAAUCGAAUCAUCUUCGGAAACCAAAUCACAGGUAACAGUUACAGCUUCUAGCGCCAUCGCUUCUCUCGCUACAACAACAUCGCAAAUCGCCACUGCUACUGCUAAUCAAUCUAAAAUCGCUUCCGAAAGCGUCGCAAUGUCCCAAUCAUCAGAGCGUAAAGUUUCAAUUAAAGAAUCCAAAAUUGCUUCUUCAUCUACUGCUACUAGCCGAAAAUCAUCUGCAACCGAAAUAACAACAUCGCAAAGACGAAAGUCGUCCAUUGCUGAACUAACAUCGUUAAUUGCGAGACGUGCUUCUGGUGCCCAAAUGUUGAGCGAAUCCGCGGAAGCCAAAACUCACGUGCUCAUGUAUUCUGGAAAUAAUUUGCAGAGUAAAACCUCUGAAACAACCGCGAUGGCAAAAGAAAAGUCUGCCGAGCAGAAGCUGGAGGAGCUGGACGGUAAUAGGCCGCAUUUUAUUAAGACUAUUAGGGGAACAAGUAUCGAACCUGGUGAGAGUGCAUUUUUCGAAGUGCUUCUCAAAGAUAAACCCAGUGAUUUCAAAUGGUUAAAAGACAGUAAACCGUUGAACGAGGACGGCAGCAUGUCUGGACGUAUCCAGACUAUCGUAGAUGAAAAAGGACACGAAUAUAAACUUGUCAUAAAACAAGUGAAAGACGAAGAUGGCGGUAUAUAUACUGCUAUUGCCCAAACUGAUAAAUCCAAGGCGUCCUGCUCUGCCCAACUGGUGGUCCACGAACUGUCGACUGAAGAACGUGAAGAACGAGCCAAAAGUGACCAUCCGGAGUUUUUGGUGUCCAUGAAAGAUGCCGAGCUGAUCGAAAACACUUAUUUACGGUUUAUGGUUAAAGUGGUCGGGGAGCCCAAUCCCGAAAUUAAUUUCUUCAAGGACGGCAAAAAGAUCUCUGAAACCGAGCAGCGUAUGCAAAUUAUCAGAGAGCACUCCGACAAAGGAUUUUACGAGCUGGUCAUACCGGAGGUGAAGAAAACCGAUGCCGGACUGUACAAGUGCGUGGCCACCAAUAAAUUCGGUGAAGCUUCUUCUGAAGCUACUGUCACCGUCACUGACAAUAAAGAAAUAUUUGAAGAAGGUGAACUUCUCCCACCGGGAGAAAAACCCGACUUCCACUGGAAAAAAGAUGGGGCUCCCUUUGAACCCGAUGAACGCUUUAAAGUUUUAAUGGGUGAUGAUGAAGAUUCCUUGGCUCUGGUGUUCCAACAUGUGAAACCAGAUGACGUCGGUUUAUAUACUUGCGUCGCCCAAACUUCCAGAGGCCACAUCAGUUGUAGCGCCGAACUUACAGUUCAUGGUACUGUCAAUCAAUUGUUUAGGGAACCGGAGAAACCACAACUAAUCAUCGAAAAACGAGACCCAAUAGUGACGGCAGGCAAUCAAGCUAUGUUGGAGCUUCAAGUGAAAGGUUAUCCUAAGCCUCAGGUAAAGUUCACCCAUGAGGGCAAACCCAUCGAAGCCGGAACCAAAUAUAAAUUUUUGUAUGAAGACGAGGAGUCCAUGUCUCUUAUCAUUAAAGACGUCAAAUCUGAAGACGCAGGAGUCUACAAUGUCAUUGCCGAAAAUGAAAUGGGGGUGGACUCGGCCGAAAUGAAACUGACUGUAAAAGCUCAAAAGAGUUACUACAUUGAAGAAUACUUUGAGACAGAAACACGCACAUUCAAAGUUAAUGCACCUCCAAGAAUCAAAAACAAAAUGGAAGACAUCUCGAUUCACGCGGAGCUCCUUCUCAAAAUGACCGUGGAAAUAGAAGGAAUCCCCGAACCGAAAGUGCAGUUCUACAAGGAUGGAAAAGAAAUCAAACAAACCGACCGGAUUAAGAUAGUGAAAGAAGGUGAAAAGUACAGUUUGGUGAUGGAGAAAACUUCUUUGACUGACACAGGUUCGUACUCCGUGGUGGCCAGCAAUGAGCUGGCCCAAGUCUCCCAGUUCUGGAAAGUAGACGUCUACAGUAAACCCAGAGUGAUCCAGAAGUUGGGCGAGUCAAAAGUAGUCUCCCAAGGCGAAAACCUGGAACUCAAAGUCCAAAUUGAGGCGGAGCCCAGAGCCACCGUGAAAUGGUACAAAGACGAAGAAGAAAUCCAAUCAACAGAACAUUUAACUAUAAAAGAAGAUGGAGAUACGUACAUCCUAAGAAUUACAGGUGCGGUGACCACCGACGCCUCCAAAUACAAAUUCAAAGCGUUGAACAUUCACGGUAGUGGCGAAGACGAGGUCAGAGUGGACGUGAAAAAGGCGCCGAAAAUCAUCCAGGGUCUCCGCGACAUGACCGUCACCGAGCACGAUAAAGACGUCACCUUGGACGUGAAACUGGAAGCGUUCCCUAAACCGGCCGUUAAAUGGUAUUUGGAUGAGAUGGAGAUCCAGGAAACCAGAGCUGAGUUUACCAGGAUAGAGUCGGACGAUGGAGUGAAGCUGGUUAUCAAGGAGGUCAGCAGCGAACUAUCUGGACAGUAUACUUGUAAACUAAGCAACGAGUGUGGAAAUGCCGAGACCAGUGCCAAGUUAACUGUGAAUUGCGCUCCAAGGAUAAUCAGACAAUUAAAAGACACCACCGUGGAAGAGGGAGCCGAGUUACACUUGGAAGUUGAGGUUGACGGAUGUCCUCCGCCCACCGUAAAAUGGCUGAGGAAUGGCCGGGAGGUGACCACCGAUGCCCGCAUUAAGAUCACCAGAGACAAAAAACGUUACGAAACCCUACAUUUGGCCGUAAAUUUGAUUAAGUACGAGGAGCAGGGCGAGUAUGAGGUGAUCGUCACCAAUUCUUUGGGCACAGUUAGCAGCAAGAGCUUUGUCACAGUACACAAAGUCACUCAUACUGAUGCUGUCGAAGAGACCGAACCUCCAAUAAUUCUAAAGCCUGAACAACCUGAACCAGUCGAGGAAGAAAUUGAAAAAAAGACAAUUGAGCCACCCAAGAAACCUAUAAGCAAAGACUUGGAGGAACCCGAGCCACCCAAGCAGCAAGGUAAACUAGCCGAAAAAGGAAUUAUUGAAGAGAAGAGGGCGGCAGUACAAAAAACUCCCGAGCCAAUAAUCGAAGAACCGUCGUCACCGCAGCUGAACCAAAAAGGAAUCGCGGCCAUAGUCGAAGAAGCGGAAUUCUUUGACGAGCUCGACGAGGCUCACAAGGCAAAAACCGCCAUCACCCGAGACCUUCCCAAGCGAAAAUCCAGCAGGGCACAAACCCUAGAAAUCCAAGAAAUCGAAGAAAUCAACGUUGACGAGAAGAAACCCGUUCCAAAAUCACCGGAAGUCGAGGACGUUCAAGUGAAACUCAAGAAAGCCAAAUCAGCUGUCACGGAGGAAAUUGAAGAAGUGACAGUCAAUAAAAAGGCACCUGACACCCCCAUAACAGAAGAGGCGGACGCGAGCCUUAAAAUGCCUAAAAAAGCUCGACAAGCCACAAUCGAAUCGGCCGAAGACGAAGAAACUAUUACCAAGUACGAAGUGAAAACUGAUAACGAGGAACCAAAGAUAAGAAAAGGCAGACGGGCCACUAUUGAGGAUGCUGUCACAGUAGAGCGAGACCAAGAGCAAAUAGUCGCCAAAAAACUCGAACGAGAAACUUUACAAGAAUGUCAAAAUGCUCAAAAAAUUUCACAAGCCGAACCAAUCAUUCUCGAUACCAACAUGAAAGACGGUUCACGUCCAGAAUCUCUGGAUAUCACUUAUAUCGUCAGAGGAUUUGCUAAUCCACCACCUACAGCCACCUGGACCUUAAACGGCAAAGAGAUCAAACCCGAUGCACACCUGAGGAUGACGGCCAGCCAAAACGGUGAAGAGUUCAAAUUGGAAAUUAAAAAGUUGGAAAUGCGAGAUGCAGGAGUUUAUGAAUGUAUCCUAACCAAUCCUGUGGGAAGUACCAAGCAGCAGGCUGUAUUAGAAGUAACUCCUGAAAAGGAGCUGCGUAGACCUAAACUGAAAGAAGGCCUAAAGGACCAAACAGUGACUAAGAAGAACGGAGGCACCUUCAAAGCCGUCAUUAUAGGAGAUCCUGUGCCAGAAAUUACAUGGCUUAAAGAUGGCAAACCGAUUUCCAACACCGAGUUUGAAAAGAACAAAAUUAUUCUGGAAACUGAAGAUCGGGAAAUCGAGGAUGGUCUAAAAGAAUGCACUUUUUCCAUGACUAUUCCAAGAUGCGAGCGUUCUAACCAAGGCAAGUACACCAUACAAGCGAAAAACAAAUGGAGCGAACUGGAAGACAGCGCUCAGCUCACCGUGGUUCUGAAGCCAGAAAUCGAGGGUCCUGAGGAUGUAAAAGUUGUUCCAGGCGAAGCCACUGAGUUCACCGUUAUCGUACAGGCCAAUCCAGAAGCCCAGAUACUCUGGAUGAGGGAUGACAAAGUUGUACAGGCCAGCGAUUUGAUUUCAAUAGUAGAAGAUCGUGCGACGGACACUUACAAAUUGGUGUUCCACCAAGUGAUGCUGGCAGACGAAGGAUAUUACCGAGUGGUGGCCAAGAACAGCUUGGGAGAAAACAGCUCUGAGGCGAGAUUAAAAACAAUCAAAGAAGCUGAACCCACGACUGAGAGGCCAAAGUUCAUCACCGGCCUCAACGACGAUCAAAUCGAGGACCAAGGGGAAUUCACGGUGAUGGUGCGAGCCGACGGACUACCAAAACCGGAAAUUAAAUGGUUCCUGAACAAUAAGGAAAUUGUCGAAGAUGAUCGCCAUAAGAUUGAGGGUGCUUCUGAAGCCCAAGCAACCAGCACUUUAUCGGUCAAGGGUUAUAGUGAAAGCGAUGUCGGAUUGUAUAAAGCAGUGGCAGUCAAUGUAGUAGGAGAAGCCGAUACCACUGGAAAGAUCACCAUGAUCCAAACUGCCCCAACCAUACUAAAAAAACUGGAUAGAAACCUGGAUCUUAACGAGGGAGAGCCCUUGGUGCUUAGAGCGAAAAUCGGAGGUAGUCCAAAACCAAAGGUUAUGUGGUACAAAGAUGGUGAACCAAUUUCCCCGGACGACGAACGCAUAACAACCACAAUUCUACCUGAAGGUACCGUCAAACUGACAAUUGACAGCUGCAAAGCAUCGGACAGCGGCGCCUACAAGUUGGUGAUCAAAAAUCAAAAUGGUGACGCGUCCACUUUAUGCGCCGUCGCAGUUGCACCGAAGCAACGACGUCCCAAGUUCUUGAAAUGUUUCAAAGAUCAAAAGGUACCUAUCGGUAAAGAAAUGCGCCUAGAGGCCCAAGUGGAGGCUUAUCCCCCACCGGAAAUCAAAUGGUUCAAAGACGGCGUGCCAGUCAGAGCGUCCUCUAAUAUCCACUUUGAGAAACAUCCCGAUGGACGUGUCGCUUUGGUGGUUGACAUUAUGAAGCCUGAGAAUGCCGGCAAAUAUGAACUUAAGGUAACAAACAAAUUGGGAGAAGCUGUCGGAGACGCCCUAAUUACAACAGAAAGAAAACCCACUAGACCGCAAUUCUUGCAAUCUCUCUUUCCCCAAACCGUUGUAGAAGGCUUUCCGGUGAAAAUGGAAGUGAAAGCCGAAGGAUAUCCCGCUCCAACCAUUACCUGGACCCGCAAUGGAGCCGAAAUCGUAUCUGACAACAAACACGUGAAAAUAACCGAACAACCCGAUGGUACGUCCACCCUAGUAAUCGACGCCUGUAACCAAAUGCGAGAUGCUCUAGUCUACAAAGCAGUUGCCUCAAACGAUGCAGGGGAAAUAGACACCUCGGCACCGCUAACCGUACAGUCAUCAGUAAAAGAGGGUGAACCAGAAGAGAGGCCAAUAUUUUUGCAUAAACUUAAGGACGUAUCCACCGAUGAAGGCUUGGAGCUGGUGCUAGAGGCUCCAUUCACUGGAAAUCCCAUUCCUACAGUCGACUGGACCAAGGACGGAGUUCCAAUUGAGGCAUCUGAUAGAAUUCUUAUGACUUGUGAUGGUAGAAGGGUGGGUCUUCGAAUUGACAAAGCGAUUCCAUCAGACGCCGGCAUUUAUGGCGUAACCAUAACCAAUCCCUUAGGAAAAGAGAGCACAGAAGGUAAAGCGACCGUCCGCAAAGUAUUCCAGCCUCCGGCGUUCACACAACGUUUCACUGAUCUGCAACAAUUGCCCAACAGAGAUGCGAAAUUCCCAUGUAGAGUAACAGGGGUACCGCAACCAGAAGUUACAUGGUCCAAAGACGGUGAGCCUCUCAAAGAGACCGACAAAUACCACAUCAAACGAGACGGGGAUAUGUGCUGCCUCUAUGUACAAAAUUGCCAAGCUGAAGACGCUGGGGUGUACAGAGCUACCGCCACUAAUCCUGAAGGACAAGCUGUAUGCACCGCUGCUUUGGAAGUUGUGAAGGAAAUAAAAAUUCAACAAAAGAUCGAACCCCCGAGCUUCCUAAAACGCAUCGGAGACACCGAGUUAUUCAAGGGUAUGACUGGCAAAUUCACCGCGUGCGCUGCAGGUAUUCCGGAUCCAGAAGUCGAAUGGUACCACAACGACCAAAAAAUUUAUCCCUCAAAGAGAAUUCGCAUGGACAAAGACACCAACGGCUUACUAAGGCUGAGCAUCCUCGGCGUAGACCAGGACGACCUCGGAAAAUAUUCGUGUAAAAUCGUGAACGAGCACGGAAGCGAUAUUUGCCAUGCCACCCUGAAGUUUGACGAGGGUCUAGAAGCCAAACCCAAACGGCCCAUGACCGAUCAGUACACGGAGUUCGACAAGUACAAAAGAUCGGGGGCGCCGGUACCGCUAUCGGAUCCCCCGAUCAUUUCCCAGAUGACUGAUCGACAUUGCACUUUGUCAUGGAAACCGUCCAUUCCCUCGGGACCCCGAGAACCAGUCACUUAUUUACUGGAAAUGUGCGAGUUACCCAAUGGGGACUGGUUCACUGUAAGGACCGGCAUUAGGAGUUGCACCUGUGGAGUCAGGAAUUUAGAACCAUUUAGAGAUUAUAAAUUUAGGGUCCGUGUAGAAAACAAAUAUGGAGUAAGUGAUCCGUCACCGUACGCCGUCACCCACCGACAAAAACUCGAACCAGAUUUACCGAAGUUCCGUCCUUAUUUGCCGCCAGAAAUUGACUUUAGACCGGACACUUCUCCCUAUUUCCCUAAGGAUUUCGACAUUGAGAGGCCUCCGCACGAUGGGAUGGCUCAAGCCCCGGUGUUCUUGAGACAGGAGCAUCCCACCCAAUAUGGAGUGAAAGACCAGAGCACUAACUUGUUCUGGUUCGUUUAUGGUUAUCCAAAGCCUAAAGUUAACUUUUAUUUUAACGAUGAACUUAUUGAGCCUGGCGGUAGGUUCGAUUGGAGUUACACUAGGAAUGGACAAGCCACUUUAUUUAUUAACAAAAUGUUAGACAGAGAUGUAGGUUGGUACGAAUGCGUAGCCAGAAAUGAACAUGGUGAAGCCAGACAGAGAGUCAGACUGGAAAUCGCUGAGGUUCCUUACUUCAUCCAGAGACCGGACAUCGAAUACGGAAUGGUGAGGGGCAGGGUGCAAUUCGUAGCCAGAAUCGUUGGGGUUCCAUAUCCAGAAAUCAAAUGGUACAGAGACUGGAAACCUUUGGCUGCUUCAACCCGUAUUAAAAUCAACUUUAAAGAACCUGAUACGACAAUUCUCACAAUCAACGAUGUCAUUUAUAAGGACGAAGGACUUUAUUCCGUGGCUGCCAGGAAUGUUGCCGGAUCGGCAUCGGCCAGCGCAAUGUUAUACGUGGAGGAUAACGACCAAGAAUACGGAAUUAGAACUUAUACCAACAUUUCUCCCAUUAGACCCCAUAAAAGGCUUUACACUGAUUACUAUGACUUGGGAGAUGAACUUGGUAGAGGCACCCAAGGAAUAACUUACCACGGUGUCGAAAGAGUUAACGGUCGCAAUUGGGCGGCAAAGGUGAUGCACGGCAGAGGCGAGCUGCGUCCGUGGAUGUACAAUGAACUGGACGUUCUUAAUCAGCUGCGUCACAAAAAGCUGAUUUCUCUUCACGACGCUUAUGAAACCGACGACACUUUGGCUAUCAUUAUGGAAUUGGGAGGUGGUGGAGAACUGGUUCCCGAUUAUUUGCUUAAGAUGGAUUAUUACACCGAGAGCGACAUCGCCGGAUUCAUGAGACAGCUGCUUCAGGGCCUGGAAUACAUUCAUGGAAGAGGUUACGGACACUUGGGUCUUAAUCUUGGGGAUCUGUUGAUCGCGCAUCCAGGCGGAGACGACUUGAAGAUCACCGAUUUCAGCUUAUCCAGGCAAAUCAGUAUUGCGCAUCUCUAUCCGUUAUUAUAUGGAAUGCCCGAGUAUGUCAGUCCGGAAUGUGCCAACAAUGAAGGAGUGGGUUAUGGCCAUGAUAUGUGGAGCGUCGGCAUCAUCACUUAUAUUUUGCUUUCUGGGAGAUCACCGUUUAGAGGGGCCAAUGAUAGGGAAACUCUUACCAAAAUCCGAGAAGGCAAAUGGAUAUUCGAAGACGAAUGGUGGACCAACAUCAGUGUAGAGGCAAGAGAUUUCAUCACCAGGCUGCUCGUUUAUCAUCCAGAUGGCAGAAUGGACGUGAGAGCAGCGUUGAAACACUCGUGGCUAGAAAGAUGCGAUAAGAGAUACCAGGAUGAAUUCCAGAUAAGCAGCAGAUACCUUAGAGACUACUGGACUCUUUAUAGAGAAUGGUAUGACAAUGCAUCGUGCAGGAAUUGGUUUAGACGUCGUCCCUUGGAAGGAGCUUUCACGCAUCCAUCCAAGAUGGUUUAUCCCCCAGGUGAAUCUUAUACUCCAAGGCCAUCCCCGAUAAGAGAGAAAGCGCCGAGGGUUAGAACUUGGGAGGACCAGCUUCCGUCCAGGUCUCCACUUAAUUAUGAAAUUGGCGUUAUCAAGUCUGAGAGCCAUUACCAAAAUGGUCCGGACACUUAUUUGCUCCAACUCAGGGACGUUGACUUUCCGGUUCGCCUUCGCGAAUACAUGAAAGUCGCUGUGAACCGGAGUCCCGGAUCCGCUUAUAUUCUUUCCGAUGAUAACGGAUAUGAUUGGAGCACUCCAAUCAUUCGUGAACGUCGGAGAUUCACCGAUAUAAUGGACGAAGAGAUCGACGAUGAACGCAAGGCUAGGAUCAAUAAGUACGGGGCCCACGAUACUCCGUACAUCAGGAGGUUGAAGCACGAGUUGGGCUCCCGUCUGGACACUUACGUAGAAGCUGAAGCCUUUUUGGAAAGCAAACAAGACGGGCGCGGUCCGUUCUUCCGAGAGAAACCCCAAUUAACCGCGAUGGUCGAAGGAAAAGAUUUGGAAUUGACCUGUUUGGCUGUGGGAGAACCUACACCUAUCGUACAAUGGUUCAAAAACGAUUCCAUCGUAGCCGAAUCACAUCGCAUAAAGAUCUUUACGGACGCAGAAGGCAGAUCGCACUAUCGACUCACGCCGGCCUUGGCAUUCGAUCAGGGAUUGUACAAAAUCGUCGCCAGGAAUAAAAUCGGACAAACCAUUGCAAGGACCAGAAUCCUACUGGGAUUGGUGCCAGAUGAACCCGAUAGUCCCGAAGUUGCUAACGUAUCUGAUACUGAAGUUUUGCUGCAAUGGAAACAGCCGAAGCAUGAUGGAAACUCUCCGGUUAUAUGUUAUAGAUUGGAAUACAAAUUAGCAGACGAUAUGGAAUGGACGAAAAAAGCCGACAAUAUCGACCACGAGUUUUAUUUGGUUACUGGACUGGAGCCGAGCAGAACAUACAUUUUUAGGUUGGCAGCGAGAAACGCGAUUGGUUGGAGUGAUUCCGGGGUACCAACCGCUCCCGUACUCACUAAAGUUGACGGUUCCCCUAAAAUCCAAUUAAGCAAAGCGAUGGCUCACCUUCAGUCAAUAACGGACAGCGGAAGGGAAAUAGAAGAAGACAAACCGUUUAAAAACAACUACAGCAUCGAAAACGAACCGAUUCAGUGGGAACACUCUAGCAUCCAAGACCAUUAUAACUUUAUUUCCGAAAUUGCCAGAGGUCAAUUUGGGUGUGUGUUAAAGGCAGUAGAUAAACGAGACGAUUCGGUGGUAGUGGCCAAAGUUCUGGAUAUGGGCAACCAAAAACGCAAAGAUGACGUCGAGGGUGAAUUUGCUGCAUUGAGAUCGCUGAGACACGAGAGGAUAGCCAGUUUGCUGGCCGCCUACCAUUCGGGAGACAAAGCGGUAUUUAUUUUAGAAAAACUACAGGGCGCUGACGUGUUGACUUAUCUGGCCAGCAAACAUGAGUACACCGAACAAACUGUAGCCACCAUCGUUGGACAAAUUCUGGAUGGUCUUCAAUACCUGCAUUGGAGAGGACUUUGUCACCUGGAUCUCCAGCCCGACAACGUUGUUAUGGCCGGAGUGCGUUCUAUACAAGUGAAAUUGGUGGAUUUGGGUUCGGCCCAUCGGGUUACCAAAUUGGGAUCUAAAGUGCCAGUAUUAGGCCACCGCGAUUAUGUUGCACCGGAAGUUUUGGCAGAAGAACCAGCCUUCCCCCAAACUGACAUUUGGUCAGUAGGCGUGUUAACAUACGUGAUGCUCUCAGGUACUGUGCCCUUCAGAGGUACCGACGAACAAGAAACCAGACAAAACAUCUUAUUUGUGAGGUACCGGUUUGAGCACUUGUACCAAGAAGUGUCCCAGGAGGCCACCAGGUUUAUUAUGUUGUUAUUCAAGAGACAACCAAACCAUCGACCCACCCCAGAUGAAUGUCACGAAAACCGAUGGUUACUUCCGACAGAUUAUAUGAUCAAGAAGCGCGAGAGAAACGUGUUUUUGGGGCAUAGAAUAAAAGAAUAUUCUGAGGAAUAUCAUGGGGAGCGGGAGGAAUUAGCUCAGUCAUCCACAAGCCAAAUGGGAGGCAAAGCUCUAUUUAGGUCCCACAGCAUCACAGAAGAGCUGCUGAGUCUACCUUAGUUAAAUAUUAGUUAAGAGUAUUAUCGUUUUUAUUCUAAAGUAACAAGGUUUUUUUUGUACAUUUACCAGUUUAUUGCUUGUUAAUGUUCGAUACAAGGAUCAAGUAAAGAAUGAAAUAUGAUUGUGAUCCUCACCAUUAUGUUUUUAUUUUAACAAUUAUUUGUUUUUUUGCGAUUGAGCGUCACGCUCUUCGUUCCAUUAUAUUUAUUGUUGUAUACAUAUUAUCGUUUAAACAGAAAUUUUAUUUCAAUAAAGAAAUUGAAAAUAUGAA